GAGAGCCGUGCCGAGGUCGAGAUAGAUUCUCCCACAGUCAGGCUGAUGAAAGAAGUACGAAACGAGAAGCCCAAUUGUCGAUACUGCGGUUCUGACGAAAACGUCCACCGAAGUGGGCCUUGCUCGACACGCCUCACUUGUGAGAAGUGUGAGUCUUUUCUGAGUAGUACUUGUUCGAGUCUCAGUCGCAUUGAAGACGCUGUCUGUAUCAAAAAUCCGACGUGUCGUAUUUUACAUCCUGGACCUUCUAACGCGGAUAAGCCUCAUCCUAUUCCAUCAACUUGGUGCAAUGCCUGCAAACUUUUUCGUUAUGUUCAGUUAGGAUUUCGGCCUAAUGUGAUGAAGAAAAAGAAACUGGGGAACACUGCCGUUUUGCAUUAUCUUAAUGUGAACCGUCUGAGUAAACCCAGUUUGACUUCCUGGGCCCGUGGUAAACGAUGUAUCGAGUUUUUCUCAGAUCAAAUAAACACCAAGUGUGAUAUUCUGGAAAUCGGCCAACGUGACAUAACACAACUUGCAACAUUUCUUGAUGUCCUCUGGUGUCGUGCAGUUCUGAUUAAUUUUCCGAACCCAUCUGAAAUUUCCGCCAUGGUUGAGCCACCUGAAGCAUGCCAGGUUUCAAGUAUGCCCCAAGUAUCCGUUGAAAAGCCAGUGAGUGACUCCGAUUUUGUCCUCAAUACGAACACUCUGCACGAUGAUGUCCACGAAGCAGUCGAGCAACAACUCAAUCUGGCGCGCUCCUGUGAACAUCUAGCCACCCCAACCCUAUCCACCGGUGAUGGUCCCAAACUGUGUAUGAUUGAAUGCAAAAUCUGUUCUGAACCGAGUUCCAACGUUUAUGCCGUUACGAUUGGUCCAGCGAGGCUAAGAAAUUCUGUUAAUCAACCACAUGUCAGUGUCUGCGGUGGUUGUGUUCUGAGGUGUCGUAAGUCAGCAGUUCGAGUUGCCCAGAAUUUUUCUGAUAUAAAGAAUGACACUUUGUGCCAAUGGUACUACACUUAUAAACGAGAUGGUGAUGGUUCAGUCCCAUUGUGCGAGUGCACAGAGAUUGAGAGAAAGUGUGACUUUUGUCACCUUGAAAAAUGUAUAACGUUGUUCCGUCUUCAUCUGACGCCAUGGGAAGCUUUGGAGGACACUGAGGAAGAAUCGAAUAUACAUUUGGAGGCCAUUGGUUCUCCGCUUUUCCUUGCAUGCUGCCAUCCACUUCCUGAUGGAAUCUCGAAGAAUGUUGAGCUAUAUUCUAGGUAA